AUGGCUUACCGACAGGCGAUGCUUCAUGGUGGCCAGGGAGAGAUACCAGGCCCAUAUCUUGCUCUUGCCAAGGAUUCAGCCCAGAGGUCAGAAUGCGACAACCAUAGAGCGUUCAACCAGGCCAACACAUCUCAGCGAAAGCUGGAAGCCACAGGAAUUGGGGGCCCAAAUAGAUGGGGAGAUAAUGGAGACUGGGCAAAUCUCAACAUAAUCUCUCCAUCAGCCCAGGGCAUGUCAACUCCCCACCAACAGGAAUGCCUUGACUAUCAGAUGAAUGACUGCAAUUUCAUGAAGAUGAUUCACAUGGGGUUGUUCUUGAGCCGGAAAUACAAAGAGGCCAAACAAGGCCUGGCCAAAAGCAGUCAGGCAUUUGAUGCACUGAACAAUGCGGCAGAGCCUGAAAUGGUCAACCGAUGGCAGGCUCAAGAGAGAGAAGCCCAAUCUCUCCAAAUAGAUGGCCCAUCUGCCCUUGAUAUAUAUGAUGUCUGGAUGCAAAAGGGUGGGUGUUGGAUGUUUCGGAAAAUCGUGGCUGGUGUGUUGAUGAACUAUGCCUGCAGCAUGAUCUAA